UCUAACUUUUAGACUUUAAAUAAUAUUUUAGAAAAUGGUUUUCUAUACCUGCAGUGGCUGUGGAGAAUCUUUAAAGAAAAACAAAGUCGAAAAACAUGUUUAUACUUGCCGCGGAUGCGAAUAUUUAACCUGCAUUGAUUGUAGUUGUGACUUUUACGGUGACGAUUACAAAAACCACACUUCGUGCAUCACCGAAGAUCAAAAAUAUUCCGCUAAAGGUACGGAAUUUAAACCAAAUAAAGGUGACGUUAAGCAACAAAAAUGGCUUGAUAAUAUUGACUCGAUUCUGUCGGAUUCUAACUCAAAUUUGAGCUCAAAAGCGAAACAACUUAUUGAAAAUCUAAAAAACUACGAUAAUAUUCCAAGAAAACGCCCAAAAUUCCUCAAUUUUUUGAAAAAUAGUUUGAGAAUGUAUGAUUCGAAACUUGGGGAGGAAAUUUGGUCGGCUUUUUCUGCAGCAAACGGAAAAAAUGAUGUCAAAAAUUGUAAAUGGGAGUCAAAUGGGGAUUCCCGGGAAGAAGAGGGUGUUAAAAUAAAUGAAGUUGAAAAAACUGCUGAAUCAGCAAAAAAUGAUUCUGCCAUUGUCAAUAAAAAAGAUAAAAAAAAGAAAAAACUGAAAUUGGAUGAAAACGUUUCAAAUCAUCCUGAAAAAGAUGAAAUUUCAGCAGAAAAACCCAAGAAAAAAAAGACUUUGAAACAUAAAAAAGAAUUGAAGGACAAAAAUGAGAGUUCAGUGAAUAUCUCGUUAAAUGAAGACAAUGAAAAUGCUGGAAAAGAAUGCGAAAACCCUCGUAAAAUAAAGAAGAGAAAACUGGACACCACUGAAAAUUCUGGAAAAUCUAAGAAAAAGAAGAAAGAUAUAAGGAAUUGUAAAGAAAACAAUAAAAUAGAAAAAAAUGAAAUUCAGAAAACCGAUGAAAAUAGUGGGAAGGAUGAAAUUAUAAUGAAAAGUGCUGAUAAUUUGGUGCUAAAUCACGAAGAAAAUGCUACAAUACUGAAGAAAAAAAAGAAGAAAUCUAAAAAAGGCAGAAACGGACUCAAAAAUGCUGAUAAUGGCAUUACUGAUGAAAGUUUGAUAAAAAUUGACAAUUCGGAACUAAAAAAUGUGGGAGUUGACUCGAAAAUAAAGAAAAAACACAACAAGAAAAAAAUUAAAACCGAAGUUGAUUGAGAAAUAUUUCUUUCUGCUCCUCCCUGCUUAUUACCCACCAGCUAUUUGCUCUGAGCAAAGCAAUGGACAAGACGAGUUUUCCGUACUUAGGGGCAAAUUUUGAAAACAAUAUUGAUUAAAAAUUUUACAUAGACAUAAUUGGUUUUUAGGCCGGAAAUCAACCAUGAUUUGAUCAGCAAUAUUUAUCGAACUAUUUUAAAAAAAAGUUGAAAAAAA